AUGGGCAAGGCGCGAAAGGCAUCUUCUGUGGAGCACGAUGUUGACGAGGCAGGCUACACUCUCAAGCACGAGACACCGCCUCGGGUUUGGUUCCACACAACAAGCCUGGGUCAGAAUGCUAUUCUGCGCGGAAACUGGGCGAGCGCCGAGUGAGUCCGCCCAGGCCGAGUCACAGGAGGCGAGAGACUUCAAGCGACCUGGUCCAACAUAUGACGGUAAAUGGAGGACGGCGAGUUUUCAGUUUCGUGAUUGGUGGAAAGAUGUGAUCGGGGAGUAUCGGACCCGUUGUAGGGGGAAUAUGGUUCGAUUGGAAGCGGAAACACG